AUGGCCCUCGUCACCGACCUCUCGUCCCAUCUCGCUCUCAUCACCGGCGCGACAGGCGGCAUUGGCCACGCCACAUCCCUGGCCCUCGCCCGCCUCGGCUGCUCCGUCGCCGUACACUACCACAGCGCGUCCGACACGGCCUUCUCACUUGUCUCGACCCUACAGUCCAUGGGCGUCCGGGCUGCCGCGUUCCGUGCAGUCCUCAGUUCCUACGCCGAGACGCGCGAGCUGCAUGCGGCUGUCGUGCGCGAAUUGGGUAAUCCCACCAUCUUGUUCAACAAUGCAGGCACGACCCUAGGCAAGAGCGGCGUCACGGACGUGAGCGACGUCAGUGUCGACGGAUUCGAGGCCACUUGGAGAGCGAACUGCGGCACGCCCUUUCUGCUUACCCAACUGUGUGUGCCGGCCACGCUGGACAAGGGCUGGGGGAGGCUCGUCUUCUGUUCCAGCGUCGCCGGCUUCACGGGCGGCGUGAUUGGACCGCACUAUGCGUCCUCGAAAUCGGCCAUACACGGUCUGGUGCAUUGGUUGGCGAACGCGUACGGGAAAAGGGGCAUCACUGUCAACGGAGUCGCACCCGCUUUGAUUGAGGACACCAAGAUGUUGCCGUCGGCCCCGGAUCUGGCUGCCAAAAUCCCGAUCGGGAGGCUGGGAAAGCCAGAUGAGAUCGCCGAGACCGUUGUAUGGAUUGUUAAGACCGGGUACGUGCAUAACAAGGUUGUCGCGGUCGACGGAGGCAUGUUUAUUCAAUGA